AUGCGUUGUUGGAAUGUGCGGAGCAAGCAGGGUCAUGGGCGGACGCUUCUGGCCGGCUCUGCAGACCAUCAGCAGCAAAAGACUAAGAAUGCUUUAAUUAAAGGGGCUAACAAAGCUGGACUGUUUGUCAUUUCAGGUGCAUGGGUAACCGGAGGAUUUGCAGGCCUUUCCAAGGCUGUGCCAAACCCGGAGUGCAGCUGCGGAGGCCUAAGGCCGCCCUUGCCCACCGCAGUGGCAAGGGCCGAUGGCAGCCCCAGCAGAGCCCCCGAUCCGAGCACCCUGCUGGAUCAAGCAGAACAGUUCUUUAGAAGUGGUCAUACAAAUAACUGGGCAGUUUUGGUAUGUACAUCUCGAUUCUGGUUUAAUUACCGUCAUGUGGCAAAUACUCUUUCGGUGUACAGAAGUGUCAAGAGACUUAUUCCUGAUAGUCACAUUGUGCUGAUGCUGGCGGAUGACAUGGCAUGUAAUCCCAGAAAUCCCAAACCUGCUACUGUGUUUAGUCAUAAAAACAUGGAGCUAAAUGUCUAUGGAGAUGAUGUGGAAGUGGAUUACCGAAGCUAUGAGGUGACUGUGGAAAAUUUCUUGCGUGUAUUAACAGGAAGGAUCCCACCAAGCACGCCUCGAUCUAAACGUCUUCUUUCUGAUGACAGAAGCAAUAUUCUAAUAUAUAUGACAGGUCAUGGUGGAAAUGGUUUCCUAAAGUUUCAAGAUUCUGAAGAAAUCACAAAUGUAGAACUUGCUGAUGCCUUUGAACAAAUGUGGCAGAAAAGAAGGUACAAUGAAUUGUUGUUUAUUAUUGAUACUUGUCAAGGAGCAUCCAUGUAUGAACGUUUUUAUUCACCCAAUAUAAUGGCCUUGGCUAGCAGCCAAGUAGGAGAAGAUUCUUUGUCACAUCAGCCUGAUCUUGGGAUUGGAGUUCAUCUUAUGGACAGAUACACAUUCUAUGUUCUAGAGUUCUUGGAAGAAAUUCAUCCAGCCAGUCAGACAAAUAUGAACGACCUAUUUCAGGUCUGUCCAAAAAGUUUGUGUGUUUCUACACCUGGCCAUCGAACUGAUCUCUUUCAGCGAGACCCUGAAAAUGUUCUGAUAACAGACUUCUUUGGCAGUGUAAGAAAGGUGGAAAUUACAGCAGAGACAAUUUCUUUGGACCCUAACUUAGCUGCUUUUGAAAGCAAGCCUCCAAAGGAUGAGUUGGCAGCAGAACCACUAAAAUAUGCUGAACAACUUCCUGUGGCUCAGAUUAUACACCAGAAACCAAAGCAAAAGGACUGGCAUCCUCCUGGAGGAUUUAUUCUAGGACUCUGGGCGUUGAUUAUCAUGGUUUUCUUUAGAACGUAUGGAAUCAAGCACAUGAAACACAUCUUCUGAAUCUGAGCAAGCAAGAUGUUUGCACUGACUGCUACUUGGGAUUCACUAGUGCCAUCAGAGUUCUUUGUGUGUGUAUUACGGAUGUAGGAAAAAACUGCUGAAAUUUCACUUACAAAUGUUCUUUCAAAAUAAUCU